GGAGCAUCCCAGUCACCGCCUACAUUGCCCGGCAGCCCCGCGGCCCGCGGGAAGUGGCGUCCGGCCGCAUCCGGGAGUGGGAUCUGCCGGAGCGUGUUCCGUGCCCGGUGUGGCGCUUACGGUGCGGCCAUGGCGGACUCCACGCAGAACGGGCCCAUGCCAGGCGGGGCCGGCGGCGGGGCCGUGCAAUUUCUGAUGGCUAACAAGUUGGAUACAGCAAUGUGGAUUUCCCGCUUGUUCACGGUUUACUGCUCAGCUUUAUUUGUCCUGCCUCUUCUAGGGUUGCAUGAAGCAGCAAGCUUUUACCAGCGUGCCUUGCUGGCAAAUGCUCUUACCAGUGCCCUCCGACUACACCAAAGGCUACCGCACUUCCAGCUGAGCAGGGCGUUUCUGGCUCAGGCUUUGCUGGAGGACAGCUGCCAUUACCUGUUGUACUCCCUUAUCUUUGUGAAUUCCUACCCUGUUACAAUGAGUAUUUUUCCAGUUCUGCUGUUCUCUUUGCUUCAUGCUGCCACAUACACAAAGAAAGUUCUUGAUGCACGAAGUUCAAAUAGUUUGCCCUUUUUGAGAAAUCUCUUAGAGAAAUUGAAUGCUAAUCAACAGAAUAUUCUGAAAUUUAUUGCUUGCAAUGAAAUUUUCCUGAUGCCAGCUACAGUUUUUAUGCUCUUCAGUGGACAAGGGAGUCUGCUGCAGCCAUUCAUUUACUAUAGGUUUCUUACAUUACGCUACUCUUCUCGGCGAAAUCCGUACUGUCGGACUCUCUUCACCGAGCUCAGGAUUGUUGUUGAACACUUAAUAACGAAGCCCUCGUGCCCUGUUUUUGUAAGAAGACUAUGCCUCAGUGGCAUUUCCUUUAUAAGCAGAUUGGCACCAACUGUUGCAUAGCCAAAUUCAGGCACUCAUGUUUUGUGAACAUUAUAAGCAGCUGGCACUUCUGCUGAUGAUUGGAAAUUCCUGGUUUUACACUGAUUUCACUCCAGGCUGUAUAGAAAUGCAUAAAUGCUUUUCUUGGAGAUAAUAUGGAAUUUAGCAUAUCAAAAACAAAUAAUAGAAACUUAAAUUAACCGUGCUAUAUUGUUAAUUGAUGAAAAAAGUAGUUGCAUCCUACCUAAAACAUGCCCUAUCAUACAAGUUUGUUGUUUCGUUUUGUUUUUUUAAAUCAAGGGUUGUUUGAGAUUGAUUGAAAGUUAUUAUAAGAGAUCUGUGCUCACUAGGUUUAUGUUAGUUGGAACUAUAGCUACUUUAGGAUGUCUCCAGUGGAUAGCAGUUGAUACAUAUACCUAUGCAGUACACUUUGGACAGUAUUCUUCUGCUUACUAAAUGUAUCUGUAGAACUGUUUUGUCCAGUUUGCUAUACUCAGUGUGGAAAUACGGCUCACUUUGAAGUUAAGACAAGGUAUUAAAAUCUAUCAAGCUGACAGAUAACACUCCUUUCUGAAGGAGAGGCUGUUUUUAUUAAUAAUACUUUAAAAGAACUCUCCCAUGUUUCUACCUUGUGACAUAAUCUUACGUUAUGCUGUUGGAAGAAAUACCAAGACUGAUUACAGGAAACUGUGCAGUUUUCUUGUCAUAACAAGUUGUUUUACCAAGCCAAACUGCUGACCUGUAGGGUUUUAAGACUAAGAUGCAAUGCUUUAACUUUUAACCAUGUCUCAAAUGAACUAAUCAAUGUUAAUGAAGUAACUUUUGCAGUCAUUGCAGAUUUGAUCUCGUGUCCACACAAAUGUGAGACUGCAGUAAUUCAAGCAUGUUAGCUUUUUAGAAAAUUAUUCUGUAGGUAGCUCUGUAUAAAUUGUUAUUCCAGUUUCUGAGACCCUCAUUGUGAUGAGAAAUUUGCAUACAGAAUAGCACCUGUUUAGGCAGCUUCUGAAACAAACGGGUGUAGGAUUUCUUGGCAUAAAUCCAUCUGAUGACUGAUCUGAAGCCAGUGUCAUGACUACAGAAGUGAAUAUUAAAUUAAGUGCAUAAAUUAAUUACACUGGUUUUGCAUUCACCCAGCAGCUGAAGGGUAGGUCAUGGAAAAAUAAUACUGUGUGAGCACAGUUUCUUUCCAGAAAUUCAAGGCAAAAUAUUUGUCGAAUUUUCUGUAGUUAGUGUUAGUAUUCUAAUUGCAUAAAGUUAAAGGGUUUUCAUUGGCCUUUUGUAAAAUUCUGUAGCACUCAACUAUUCUUCCAUGGUCAGAGAAACCUUAUGAGAAAUCAGUUUCAAAAACAGUCUUGAAGCAAAUUAUGUUCCUGUAACUAUUGAGUUAUCUAGUUUGUGAUAUAGAUAUCAUUCCAACUUUCCAGCUGUAUAAGUUUUUAGAUCAGAGCCAUUUAUUUAUAAACUUAUUUCAGUUUUUUUGCUCAACCUCUGAUGAACCAGUUGGUAAUUGAAUAUGAUAUUCUUUGACUACUUGUCUUGCUCUCUGAACGUGAUUAGCUAUUUAUAGAAUACUUGCACACUGCAGAAGCAACUGCAUGCAGUUAAUGCUCUACAGCUGCUAAAGACUUGCAAUGAGAUUGAUUAUGUGUAUAUCCUGUAAUUUGAGGAUUUGAUAAAAACUAAAAUUUCUACUGCAAUAAAAGGAGUGUUAAAUGUAACUCGCUAGGCUCUUCAGGCUCAUUUUCUCUCUUUAACACAACUUACUGGUGCUUGAACCUGGAAGUUGAGCAGAAUGCUGUCCUGUGUGUAUGUGUGCAUGUUCUUAUAUUCCCACUGCUGCUUCUGAAUUGGGAUAUAAUGUCUGAUGCAUUUCUAAAUUAUUUUAUAGGGAAAAAGUGCAAAAAUUUAUGACUUUUCCUUCAAAAUCUAACCCAAGAAUAAGCACUGCAACAAUGGUAUCUAGUCAGAGAAAAAUCCAGACCUACUUAUUACUGUUUCAGUUUCUCAGCACGAUUCUAGACCCUCUGUCAUGUUGCAUGAUGUGUUUUUUGAAUGUUGACAUCAGAUUCUCUUCAGCUGUUGGCACCACUGUGAUGUAAAAAUGAAUUUGGUCAUCUAAGUUGAUCCCCCAUCCUGGGAGUGGAAGGCAAAUAAAUCUGUAAUUAUAGUAAGCAAAAUAACAUGUUAUUUCUGAGCAAAUUUUUGUGGUCUGGCUGCUGUUAUGGGUGCAUUCUACUGUUCCCUAAUUGUAUGAUGAUACUAAAUUAGAGAGGAGUGUAAACUGGAUCCAGUGUAAUGCAGCUGUAACUGAAGGAUGCUAAGUAGAGAUCCAACUCAAUAAAUGCAGGAGAAGGAUUAAAAAGAGUAAGCGAAUGACAAUGCUGUGAGUAAAGAGUUGGAAGACGGUGCUGUGAAGUAGAACUUAGAUGUGAAUACUGAAUUUAUCUCUUUCUGUUAAGUCUUGAAAAUGGACCAAGAGGAGGAAAUUCCAUAAAAGGGAUUUGAUUUGGUUUUGCUAGUAGCAUGUUCUUGGCUUUGCUUGACAAAUGAGCAGCUUGUGGCCUGGUAAAACUUACUUCUCUGAUGUGCUGAGAAAACAUGGAACAAUGUUGUAAGAAUAAUGUUCAAGCCAAAUAAAUAGGGUGACUGACCUGUUCUCUGCUUCAGCUUUGAUUUUUACUGUAGCCUUUCAGCUGCCUGAGUGAUAACAUAGACUUUCCUCAAUGCUGGCAAAAACAUUCUAUCCUUGAGCCUGCUUCCUCACCACACUUUGUGACUGUUUCUAUUCUAAUGAUUAAAUUAAAUGUAAAAUGCUGGUAGUGUCCUCAGAGUUUGAGGGGUUUUUUUUUGGUGAAGAGAGCUGUAUGUUCAUGCUGCUAUGCUGUCAACAGCUAGCUGUGAUGAAGAGGCUGUGACAGAAGUCUGUGAUUGUAGAGAAAUUUUGCAACUGACCAUGAAGUGCCUGCCAAUCCCAAAAUGAAGCAGAGGAGUUUUAGUAUUACUGAAAGGCUUCCUAUCUAAUGUGGUAACUGUUUCCACUGGCAGAAAUCAUACUGCUCAUUGCUUUUUGUCAUCUUAGCUUUUGUAUGUUAAGUGCAUUGCACAGAUUCUGUGGGUCGACCAACCCCUUGCUCUGUACAAGCUUUCUGUAGAAGUGGUGCUCCAGCUUAACACUUGUCUGUUUCAUCUGUAGAUAAAGUAUCAGGAGCCAUUGGGCCUGUUGGAGUAGCUAAUGCCAGUUAGGAUUUCUUACACACCAAGUAACUCACCAAUACAUCCAUCCUCUCCUUUAUUGCCUUUUAUUUGAUUUUAUACAUAUAUUGUCAUUUCUGUGCUGUCAGUUUUAUGUUUUGCUCCUUUCUUUGAUGGGUGUUUAAGUGGAGCAAUAUCUGUGAAUGUUGUAAGAAUUUAAAUAAAAAUGAUUACAAUUAUGAGCCACUAUUUCUUCCAACAGUUUUGGAGCUGCUAACUGUGUAUGUGAUUGUACUGUCCAAACAAAUAGCAUAGCCAAUUAUUUUGUACAGUCUAUGUUAGACCCUUUUAUCCUUAGGCACCUGUAUUGCAACAUUUGCUGUACAGAUGCUGUGUUUGUUAAGAAAGUUCUUACCCAUUUUAAAGACAGGAAUGGAGACAUGGAAGGAAAGAGCACUUGCCUGAUGUAAGAGUUCUAGCAGAGCAGGAAACAGAAAAGAGUUUGACAGAUGAAACUGAUUUUUUCUGCUCUACAUAUAACUUGUUAGUCCUGCUCCUAAAAUUAUUGUAACUGUGGUCUUAAAUACUUUAAAAAGUACUGUACCUUACCUUGCUCAGAUAAAAAGUGCUGUACUUUACAGUGCUCAGAUUAAGGGUAAAGAAGAUAGUGUGCUAGAACAACACGUUCUUCUAAAGUCAAAAUUAAAUUUCAUGUGCAGUGCCAGGUGUGGCCCUUGUAUCAAAUAAUGCAGCAGAGCAAGAUCCUGAAACCUUAACGUGCUAGAUGGUAGUAGGGUAUGCUAAUCUGUUGAAAUUGUCUAUAAUUUUUAGUUGCUGUCGUACACCUAUUUGUGAUUAAACUAUAUAUACACUGAAAUUGGUUAGUGUAUCUUUGUAUUGUAACUUCUGUAGUGCUAUAAUUUUCUUAAAGUCACAGGAACAGUCAGGCCUUGCUGUUUUAAAUCACCUUUUAAGGACAGAACCUUAAGCAAUUCUUUAUUCCAAAGAUGGAAAGAUAUCAGUAUGGAUAGUGUAAUAUAAUUUAAUCUUCAAUGUGGAUUCAAAAAUCUUUUUCAUAAAAUCUCAGCAUUACUUUUUAACUUCCCUGCAGAAGCUAGCUCUGUGAUAAUGGCAGAUGUUGUGCAGGUAAGGGAGUUUCAUUGCUUAGUUCUGUGCUAUCCAGAUGGUAUAAACUUUUAAAAUUAAUUGAAAAAUUCAUCUUUUACUGGUAUUCAAGGACUGAGGCACAAAAUGCUAAUGUAAGGGCUCAGAGGGGAAAUAUAGUUCUCCUGCAUAUUUGAGAAAAUGUGAAGCCCUUUCAGAAAAUCUAAUAAACAUAAUAAUCGCAGGCUGCUGACACUAAGGAAAAAGCACCUCAUUCGCUCUUUCUUUUAUGCAGCGAUUUACUGGUCCCUACUGAUUUUCAAAUUGGAUCACUGCAGUAAAUUAUCCAUACCAGUACCUGUGAAAGAAAGCACUGGGAUCCAUAUUUGUUCAGUGCUGUGCUUAAUUCAGCAAGAAUGAUAAAUUCGAUGGUAUGAAAUUGGAAAUACCAAGGGCUUCUCUCAGUGAAUGAGCAAGUAGUUCCAUUUGUAAUUUAUUGUGACCCUUUUUCACUGUAUGUGCUUUGUAUGUCAAAUAUUUAUUUUGAAACAAAUUAAAUCAUUUUCUGUAUUGAUA